GGAUAUUCGACAGCUACAAUAAACAUGGGACCGUGGCAGACUAAGGAAAGGGUUCCCACUCCUCCACCGACUGAGAAAUGGGGAGCAGAUGUGGCUUUGUCCUGGACACCAGAAGGAGAAGAUGACUUUCGCCGUCGCAUAGCCGAAGUCACAACCAGAGACGGGCUUGUGGUGAUUCUGUUUGGUCAGACUGGAUUUGGUAAAUCGUCUUUUGGCAAUGGAAUUCGAACUUCCAUCAGACGGGACAGGAAAGUCUCCAAUUAUUUUCCUGUGGGAAUUAACACACAUGGCAGCUACACUAAAGCUCUGAACAGUGACGAUUACUGCCGUAGAUAUUGUCAAGAAAAGUGCACUUGCCAGCCGUAUUUUUGGGUAAUUGACAUGCCAGGAUUAUUCAACAGUGACGCGAUCACAGACGAGAGUAUUGAGAAGAUUAUCACAGGACAGGUUCCUUUCUAUGCAGAAGUGAAACCAACGCUUGAGGCUAUGGAUAGUUCACAGAUCCUCCCGCCAGAGGAGAGGGUCAAGGCGUCAUGCGUAGUUCUUGUCCUUAAAGCAGGAGUUGCUGUAGGCGAUGAUGUAAAGCGACAGAUUGGUGUGCUGAGAACGCUACAUUCACGAGGGGUUCUGUCAGUCCAUGUGAUCCUGACACACAUCGAUGCGGUGGAACCACUGUUGAAGGAUUCCGACAAUAUUCCAUACGUGUUUAACUCGGAGGAGGUUCGGGCUGCGGUGAGGUUUGCUUCUACGGAGACAGGGUUACCUCAAACAUGUAUCAGCGUGGUGAAGAACUACACAGUUGAAAACGCCACCAACACCAACAGCAGUAUCCUGUACCUACAUGCCCUGGAGAACAUCCUGCUCGCUGCUAGAGACACACUUGAACGGGAUGAGACGAAAAACAGAAUGCGAACAACGUUAUACACAAAGAACACAGAACCACGAUGAAUGAGAAAAACACACCAAUACCAUAUUUAAGUUUUCCCACUUUCAUAUGGGUCUGUUUUAGCUUUGAACAGUAUUUUAGUGUUGGGGUGACCAGUGUCGAAGAUGGUUACCUUUUGAAUGAAUCAUUGAGGAAAACAAUCAGAUCGAAUCCGAGAUUCGAACACAAGAAGUAUUGAUUCUAUAGGCUAUUGCCUAGGCCUCCCCGCAACUUACAACUUAUUAUUGACAAUGAUUUGUGUAAUUGCAGUGUAACAUUGAUAAAUAUGUUAAACAUUCCUAUA